AUGAAUAAUGGAGAACUUGAUUCGGGUACAGUCAACUCCCUUAAACAACAAGUUCAUAAUCUUCGACACGAUCUAGCAGAAAGAAAUGCAUUGCUUAACACAGUACAAAAGCAACUUAAUAAUAAUAAACGUCAACCAAAUUCAUCAAAUGUUAUAGCGACCAACGAAUCUACGACUGGUAGAUUUAUUGAGCAUUUACAAGUUGAAAUAGACAAUUUAAGAAAAGAAUUAAAUGAAUCGAAAACUCAAGCUCAAACUGCAAAAAUUUCUCGUGAAAAAUCUGAACGACAAGUACAAGAACAUACGGCAACACAUCAAACUCUAAGGCUUGAGAUUGAUUCAUUGAAAAGGAUGCUUGAAAGAAAAGAAAGACAAACAAAAGAGUUGGAGGAGUCAUCACGAGAUCAUGAAAAAAAAAGUACAUAUAUGAAAUUUGAACGUGAUAAUGCAAGCACUAAGCUUCGACAAGCAGAAUUGAAGGUAUCCGAUUUGGAAAGAAAAUUAUCCGAAGCUUUGGCUUGUAAAGAAAAAGCUGAAUACGAGUAUAAACUUUUAUCUAAAGAAAUGCAAAGUUUCAAAGCUAGAUACGCCAAAGAUGUUGAAACUGUUAAACAAGAGUUUAAAGAGCUUCGCCAAGAAUUAAAUUCAACUUCAAGACAUCUAGAGGAUGUUGUCUUAAUGGCAGGUGUACGUGUUGAAGAAUUAACGUCUGAACGUAAAGUUAAUGUGGAUAAUUUAGAAAGUGUUUAUUCCAAAUUGAAAGAAAACCAAGAAAAAUACACAGCAGAACUAAUUAAAGAAGUGAAGGAAAUAAAAAUAGAUGUAGAAAACACGAGUAAAAAAACUGAUGAAUAUGCAGAUCAAGUCAGCAAAAUGAAAGGUGAAAUAACUGGAAAAUUAAAUUGGUUGAAACGUGUUGAACGUGUUCAACAAGAAGGUUGA